AGUGAGUGGUUCCCAAACAGAACUGCACGUGGAAAUUUUCGGGGAAUCGCUUGUUAUACAAGAAUGGCAAAAAAGGGCAAAUCAAAACCGGGAGGAAAGAGGAGGGAAAAUAAGUGCAUUGUUACGUUCAACGAAUCGUCUCGAAAUGAAUUUCUUACAGGAUUCCACAAGCGGAAGAUGGAGAGGAGGAAAGCAGCGGUGGAGGAGAUCAAGAACAAGCUGAAGGAGGAACAGAAGAAAGUUAGAGAGGAGAGACAUAAGGAGUAUAUGAAGAUGCUUAAGGAAAGAAAGGAAGCUCUUGAAGAGGCAGAUGAGUUGGAGGAUGCGAUAACUAGCACAACAGAGUCAUUACAGUAUGAUUACCCAAAUCACACUGUCACCGUGACAACCAUCAAUGACCUUGACCUUACAGGGGCUAGUCGCUUGGAACCAGUUGACACUCAGGCAACAGAUGACAGUGAAGAUGAGAAGAAUGAGGAAGUGAGCACAGUGCCAAAGAAAGCUGGAGAGCCAAUUAUAUCCAAAAAAUUAUCUGCACUGACCGCUUCCCUCCACGCUCGUACCAAACAAUGGAAGAAAAAAGGGACGAAGUGGGAGAAGGGGCAGGGGAGGACAGGAAGGGGUAGGGCGCCUGACGGGAAGUCUGGUGCCACUGAGAGGAAAUCAAGACUGGGGAGGACGAGCAAGAGACAGAGACGCAGGCAAACGGGGAAGAAGAUUCAUCAGCAGGAAUGAAAGUGGAGGUGGUCUUAUGUGGGUUUUCAGUUUAUGUUGGUUCAAGUUCCAGAGCAGUUGUGAAUUGCCGUUUAGGUACUGACAUGGGAAAGAAGAUUGUCACUUCAGAGCCAAGUUGCCUAAAAAUAUUGCCGGUUGUAUAUGAUCAGUCCUGCAUCUGGAUUGAAUGAUUGUCUUUGGCCACCUCAUAACAGUCCUCUUAAUAAAACAAGUGUAUGGGAACAUUUGGUCCAGCCUGACCAUACUGAUGUGGUAUAAUGUAAAGCUUUUUGUCUCUGUGGUGGUUUCUCUCUUUUGUAACUUUUUACUCAAUGUUUUGUAUACAUAUGAACAUCCAACAUUAAAUAAAAACAAGAUCGGUCUUCAGCUAAAUUGAAUCUAUUAGUGGAGCAUGAGAUAUCUUAAGCUGAAAAAAGAUGAUGUAAUGAUGUG